AUGCAGGGCUGGCGAGUAACCAUGGAGGACGCCCACGCCACCGUGCUGGAGCUCAAGGACGCCAAGGGACAGCCCGAGAAGAAAAAGGUGGCCUUCUUCGGUGUCUACGACGGACACGGAGGUGAUAAGGUUGCCAUCUACACCGGCGACAACCUGCACCACAUUGUCGCACGGCAGGAGGCCUUUGCCAAGGGAGAUUACGGUCAGGCACUCAAGGACGGUUUCCUCAGCACAGACCGAGCCAUUCUCGAGGACGCCGCCCUCAAGCACGACUCAUCUGGAUGCACCGCCACCACCGCCAUUGUUUCCGACGGCAAGGUCAUCUGUGCCAACGCCGGAGACUCCCGAACCGUGCUCGGUGUCAAGGGUAUUGCCAAGCCCAUGUCCUUUGACCACAAGCCCCAACACGAGGGUGAGCGAACGCGAAUCUGUGCCGCAGGAGGAUUUGUGGAGGCUGGACGAGUCAACGGAAACCUUGCUCUGUCGCGAGCCAUUGGUGACUUUGAUUUCAAGCGGUCACCGUACUUUCCUCCCGAGGAGCAGAUUGUCACUGCCUAUCCCGACGUGAUUGAGCAUCAGCUGACUGCCGACGACGAGUUCCUGAUUCUCGCCUGUGACGGUAUCUGGGACUGCUUCCUGUCGCAGGAGGUUGUGGAGUUUGUGCGACGAGGUAUUGCCGAGAAGCAGACCCUUGUGGACAUUUGCGAAAACCUGAUUGACAACUGUCUGGCCCCCACCUCUGACCUUAGUGGUGUUGGUUGUGACAACAUGACCGUCAUGGUUGUGGCCCUGUUGCAGGGUAAGACCGAGGAGGAGUGGUACAACAUGGUUGCCGAGCGAGUGAAGAACGGCGAGGGUCCUGCCGCUAGCCGAGAGGCAGUGGAGCGAGUUGCCGGAGAGGAGCGAGAGGUGACUGCCCAGCAGUUGCAGCAGAAUGCCCAGGCCCAGCAGGCUAACUCGGCAUCGCUGGCUCUUCAGCAGUUGCUUUCUUCCGGUGCCACCAUCACAGACGAGAACGGCAUGGUUGUGCUCAAGGCUGAGAAUGCUGCCGAGCUGCUUGCCAAAGUGGGAUUUGCUCCCGAGGACGUUGGACAACUUGUGGAGAGUGGAGAUCUGGUCGAGGAGGAUGUCGAGGUCGGCGGUGACAGAAUCACCGAGGAGCAGUGA